AUGAGUAAAGUUAUUGGCUAUAUUGAUUAUGGUGACCCGGAUGGAAAUGAAGAACCGUCAAAACAAAAUGGUGAAUAUAUAGAUUAUUCCAAUGAAAAUGGCUAUAAUGCUUACCAUUCUGUGAAUGGUGGUUAUGACAAAGAUAACAACAACCACCACCACCACAAUCAAGAGGAAGAUUAUGAUUAUGAUAAUAAUACACACGUUAAUUAUCUAACAACAAAACAUUCACAAUUUCAAUUAAGUAGAGGACGUUUAUAUCAGGGUCAUCAAAGUUCUCAUAUAAUUUAUCCACAUCAAAGUUAUAAAUUAAGUAAUAGUGGCGAAAGUAUGAAUAGAUCAAUUAACCAAAGUAAAGAAGAAGAUCAUUUAGAGAAUAGUUUACAUGAUGAUGAAUAUUUAUAUGGAUAUGAAGAUCAUCAUGAUGAUCAAGCUAGUAGUAUAUCACAAGAAUCAUCACAAGGUUUAGAUGAAACUGAUUUUGAUAAUAUAGAUAAAUAUUUUGAAAGUAAUCAACAUUUAUUGUUACAAACUCUUCAAAAUAAUAAUAAUAAUAAUAGCAAUAGCAAUAGUAAUAGCAAUAGUAAUAGCAAUAAUAAUAAUAAUAAUAAUAAUAAUAAUAAUAAUAAUAAUAAUAAUAAUAACAAUACUAAAAAUAAUAUAACUGAUGAAAAUCAAUUAGAAAUUCAUUUAAAUGAUUUAUCAAUUGAUAGUGAUAAUAGUAAUAAUAAAAUAAAUAAACAAUAUGUAAAUAGUGAUAAUAGUAAUAAUAAUAAUAGUAAUAAUAGUAAUAAUAAUAAUAUUGGAAGUAAUAUUAAUAGUAAUUGUAAUAUAGAAAAUGAAAAAAAUAGUAAUAAUACAGAUGAUAAUAAUAAUAAUAAUAAUAUAGAAAAUGUAAAUAAAAUAAAUAUAGAAGAUAAUAAUAAUAAUAAUAAUAAUAAUAAUAAUAAUAAUAAUAAUAAUAAUAAUAAUAAUAAUAAUAAUAAUAAUAAUAAUAAUAAUAAUAAUAAUAAAAUUGAAGUAAUAUCAAAUAAACCAAUUCAAUUAUUUUCAGAUUAUGAUCCACCAAUAUUAACAACAUCAACAUCAACAUCACAAAGUAAAAUAAAAACACAACAACCAUUUUUAUUUUUUAGUUCAAAUUAUUUAAAUUCAAGUAGUACAGAAUUAGAUUUAUCAGAACAAGAAUUGAAUGAAUUUCCAAUAUUCGAUGAGAAAGAGAUUGUUCAAGGUUACAAAAUCAUUGAUUUAUCAUUUAACAAUAUUAAAUCAAUACCAUUGGAUGCAUUUACAAAUAUAUCAAAUCUUGAACAAUUGAUUAUGUUUAAUAAUAAUUUAAGUGAUGUUCCAUCAUCAAUUGAAUUUUUAAAACAUUUAACCAUUUUAGAUUUAUCACAUAAUAAUUUACAUGAAAUUUGUAGAGAAUUAGGUAAUCUAAGUUUUUUACGUGAAUUAUAUUUAUCAAAUAAUUCUUUAAAAAAGUUUCCAACAACUGGUAAUCUUUAUAAUCUUAAAAAAUUAAUUUUAGAUAAUAAUCAAAUUACAACUAUACCAAUUGAAUGUGUUGAACCAUUAAUACAAUUACAAACUUUAGAUUUAUCAUUUAAUAAAAUUGGUACAAUAACUUCAUCAACAACAACAACAACAACAACAACAACAACAAAUAAUAAUAAUAAUAAUGGUGGUGGUGGUAGUAUUUAUCAAAAAAUGAAAAAUUUAAAACAAUUAAAUUUAUCACAUAAUGAAUUGCAAGAGAUACCAUCAUCAUUAAGACAUUUAUCAAAGUUACAUAGUUUAUCAAUUGAUUAUAAUCAAAUUAGUGUUUUACCAGAUAAGGUUGUGGCGUCAUUAUCACGUUUAGCUAAAUUGACAAUUUCAAAUAAUAAAAUUAAACAAUUACCAUUUGCAAUUAAUAAUUUAUCAUCAUUGAUUGAAUUAAAUGCUUCAAAUAAUGUUAUUGAACUUUUACCAGAUUCAAUUUGUUAUCUAAGUAAUUUAAAGAAAUUAAAUUUAAAUAAUAAUAAUUUAAAAGAGUUACCAAGUAAUAUUGGUUUCUUAACUAAAUUAGUAGAUUUACAACUUUACAAUAAUCAAAUAUCAUCAUUACCAAUUAGUUUCUUAAAAUGUCGUUCAAUUAGAGAGAUUGGUACCGAUGGUAAUCCAUUACCUUCAUAUUAUCAUCUUGGUAUAAAAGCAAUUCGUUAUCAUAUUAAAAAUCCUGAUUGUGAUUUAGAUGAUCUUAAUUCAAUUUCACCAACAAUUGAUUCAUCAACAAUUGAACAACAACAACAACCAAUUCAAUUAUUUGGAGGUGGUAAUUAUAUUGAUAGUAGUAAUAACAAUGGUAAUGAAUCAUUUUGUAAUAGUGGUGAAUUAUCACCAUUAACUGAUAGUUUAGAAUGUAUUGAAAUGCCACCACCAAUGCAAAUAUCUGAAAACCUUAGAAAACCAUUAAAUGUUAAUUCACCAUCUUAUCCAUUUCAAAAAUUAGAUCCAAUUCCACAAUCACUUUAUUCUUCAUCUAAUCCAAGAAGUCAUACUGAAUCUGAUAUUCAAAAAUUAAAAAAUAAUGAUGAAACAAUAACAACUACAAAUUCAAGUAUUUCUACUACAUCAUCACCACCAUCAUUAUUAUUUGGAGUAUCAAUUAAUGGGAAUGGAAUUAUAUCAACAACAACAACAACAACAACAACAACAACCACCACCAAUGGUAAAACUUUAAGUAGACAAUCAUCAUUUCAACAAAUUCCACAACAAUUUAAUUUAUCAACAUCAACAACAAAUAUUACAAAAUUACCAAGAAUUAAAUAUACAUGGGAAAUUGAUUUUGACGAAAUUCAAUUCUUUAAUUUAAUUGGUCAAGGUGGGUUUAGUAAAGUUUAUCAUGGUGUUUGGAGAAGUAAAGAUGUUGCAAUCAAACAAAUAGAAUUACAAAAUAAUAAAUCAUUGGAUGAUUUUAGAAGGGAAGUUGGUAUUUUAAGUAAAUUGAAACCACAUGAAAAUCUAUUAGCCUACUAUGGCGCUUGUAAACAUGCAAACUAUUGUUACAUCAUCACAGAAUAUUUACCAAGAGGUUCACUACAUGAUCUAUUACAUCGUGAACAAUUGAUGAAAUUAGAUUUUAAACAAAAAGUUAGUUUUGCAAUUUGUGUUGCAUUGGGUUGUUAUCAUCUUUCAACCUAUGAACCACCAAUUUAUCAUACAGAUUUGAAAACAAAGAAUUUAUUAGUUACAAAUGCUUUAAAAAUUAAAAUUGCUGAUUUUGGUUUAGCUUCUUUUGCAAAGAAAAGUUUAACAACAAUAAUCAAUAAUAAUAAUAAUACUAAUAAUACUGCUACUAGUUCCACUACUACUUCUUCCGCCAAUGGCGCAAAUAGUAUUUCCAACAACAACAACAAUGGUACAACUUCAGUCGAUCAAUCAAGAUUAGCUUAUGCUUUUUAUGCUGCACCAGAAAUUUUAAAUUCAAAACAUUUCUCUGAAAAAUCAGAUGUUUUCUCUUUUGGUACUAUCUUAUGGGAAUUAGUUACAAAUAAAAUACCUUUUGAUGGAAUGGAUCCAUAUGAAGUUAAAGAAUUAUUAAAAUCUGGCAAAAGAUUGGAAAUACCUGAAAAUUGUAAUGAAGUUUUAAAAAAUAUAAUUCAAGAUUGUUGGAAUCAACAAUCUGAAGAUAGACCAACUUUUUUAAGUAUUUAUCAUCGUUUGGAAAAUUUAAUGAAAUCAAUUACAAAAAAAAGGAGAUUUUAA